UGUUGUCUGCUCAGCUGGGUGGCAGUCAUGUGACUAGACACGUGAACAGAGUUUUUUCGCAAUGGCUUUCUGCAGCUAAGAAUGCUCGGUUGUUUUUUGUUUGUGAAACACUCAAGACUCGACAUUUUAUUUUUAUUUUUAUCAAGUUAUUCUAAAGUACGUUUUGCUACCUGGUUUUGAAUUUGCAGGCAAUAUGCACUCCCUGAUGGUGCGUAUCCCGUCCUUCAGAUUUGAGGACAGUGCCAUGGAGAAAGGAUAUACGGUAUUUAAAAUUGAUGUGCUGACGAGCGGAAGACAGCACUCAGUUGAGAAGCGCUACAGCGAAUUCCACUCACUACAUAAAAAGCUGAAGAAGUUUAUUAAAGCACCUGAAAUGCCCUCCAAGCACGUGAGAAACUGGGUUCCCAAAGUGCUGGAGCACCGAAGACUUGGACUGGAAAUAUACCUGCAGACAAUAAUUAUGGAGAAUGAAGUUCUGCCGAAGAUAUUCCUUGAAUUUUUAAAUAUCCGUCACUUUCCUUCAUUACCAAAAACAGAGAGUUGUGGAUCCUUUGAUGAAACUGAAUCAGAAGAAUCGAGUAAACUGUCCCACCAGCCGGUGCUUCUGUUCCUGAGGGAUCCAUAUGUCUUGCCUGCAGCCGAUGAUACUUUUCCAAAUGUAGUUAUUGAAGGAGUCGUUCAUGGGAUGUUUUACCCUCACAUUCAGCCAUGGUAGACAAAGUAAUAAUAGAACAGAAUGGACAGUUUUGCAGAAAUAACUGGUGAAAAAAGGGAUUCAGAAGAUAACAAAAAGGGGUUUUACAG